ACCCAAACCUCAGAUCCAGCUUUUUCUCUACUCUCUCUCUCUCUCUAGCUCAUUUUCUCAACCCCACUUUCUCUCUCUAGGUUGAUUGCAUCUUCAAGUUCUUCCUCAACUUCAAGACAGCAGUUUUAAGUUAAUUUCCAGCAUUGAAUGUGUGUUAAUUCGACUUCGUAAAACGUAAUCAAGAUUGUAACACAAUGGAAGAAAUACAAUCUCAAUCGGAUCACUAUCGAUCUUCGUCAUCUUCGGCAAGUAGCCCAGCAAGUAGGGUCCCCUCCAGCAACUUCUUCUACUUGCGAAAACCGGGUGCAUUCAGACAACCUAUUUCGUUCGAGGAUUCGCCCGAUUGGGAAGAUAAUACGGACAUCGAUGUCAGAGUUGACCAAGGAAGAGCCGACUCCAUUAACACCGCCACGACUCCGCCUUCACCUUCACUCUCGAAGCUCAACAGUGGGUCCCUCCCUUCGCCCCCUUUGCCCGAGGGUGCAGUUCUCGCAAGAAAAAUCGCGGGCGCUUCAUUGGUUUGGAAAGAUUUGACCGUCACUAUAAAGGGUAAAAGAAGAUAUUCGGAUAAGGUUGUCAAGAGUUCGAAUGGAUAUGCAUUGCCUGGAUCGAUGACUGUGAUUAUGGGCCCCGCCAAAUCGGGGAAGUCAACUCUCUUACGGGCUCUCGCUGGAAGAUUGCCUGAUACAGCUAGGGUUUACGGGGAGGUGUUUGUUAACGGCGUGAAAGCGCGUAUGCCUUACGGAUCCUAUGGAUUCGUGGAAAGAGAAACCACAUUUAUCGGAUCACUAACCGUGCGCGAGUACCUUUACUACUCAGCAUUGCUUCAACUUCCGGGAUUCUUUACCCAUAAAAGAAGUGCGGUCGAAGAUGCCAUUAUAGCAAUGUCGUUGGGCGAUUACGCAAAUAAACUUAUAGGCGGACAUUGUUAUAUGAAAGGUCUUCGUAGCGGCGAAAAAAGACGAGUCACAAUUGCAAGGGAGCUUGUAAUGAGACCCCAUAUCUUGUUUAUCGACGAGCCUCUUUAUCACCUUGAUAGUGUAUCUACACUCUUAAUGAUGGUGACGCUGAAGAAGCUUGCGAGUACGGGUUGUACUUUAAUAUUCACGAUUUAUCAGAGUAGUACCGAAGUUUUUGGCCUAUUCGAUCGGAUUUGUCUUCUUUCAAAUGGGAACACGUUGUUUUUCGGAGAAACACUCGCUUGUUUGCAGCAUUUCUCGAAUGCUGGAUUUCCAUGUCCGAUCAUGCAAAGCCCUUCCGAUCACUUUCUAAGAGCGAUAAAUACAGAUUUCGAUAGGAUCAUUGCCAUGUGCAAAAACUGGCAGGAUGACCAUGGGGAACUUUCGUCGGUAAAUAUGGACACUGCUGUAGCAAUACGCACACUCGAAGCAACAUACAAAUCAUCUGCAGAUGCUUCUGCGGUCGAGACUAUGAUUUCAAAGCUUACUGAAAAGCAAGGCCCGUUUCUUAAAAGCAAAGGCAAGGCGAACUGUUUGGCCAAAAUAGCAAUAUUGACUUGGAGAUCGUUGUUGAUUAUGUCGAGGGAGUGGAAAUACUAUUGGCUUCGUUUGAUUCUUUACAUGUUCUUGGCCAUAUGUAUCGGUACCGUUUUCUCUGGUUUGGGGCAUUCUUUAUCUUCAGUUGGGACGAGAGUUGGAGCUAUAUUUUUAUUUAUAUCAUUUACUUCACUCCUGAGUAUUGCUGGUGUCCCUGCACAGAUGAAAGAAAUCAAGAUAUACACAUGCGAAGAAUCGAACGAGCAUUCUGGAACAUUCGUUUUUCUAAUAGGGCAACUUCUAUCAAGUAUCCCGUUUUUGUUUCUCCUCUCGAUUUCGUCAAGUUUGGUCUUCUAUUUCCUCGUUGGCCUUCGAGACGAUUUCAGCUUGUUGAUGUAUUUUGCGUUGAAUUUCUUUACGUGCCUUCUCGUAAAUGAAGGGGUGGUACUUCUUGUUUCUUCCGUUUGCCGAAAUAUCUUCUGGAGUAUCUUAAUCUUGGUAACUGUACAUAUGGUGAUGAUGCUUUCGGCUGGGUAUUUUAGGAUUCGAAGUGCUUUGCCGAGACUCGUGUGGAUGUAUCCUAUUUCAUACGUUGCUUUCCAUACGUAUUCUAUCCAGGGGCUGUUGGAGAACGAGUAUAUCGGAACAUCAUUUGCUGUGGGGCAAGUGAGGUCGAUAUCAGGUUAUCAAGCCCUCCAAAACGAGUACGAUAUAUCGAUGAAUACCAAUUCCAAGUGGGCAAAUUUACUCAUAUUGUUUCUUAUGGCUGUUGGUUAUCGAGUUCUUGUUUUUAUUUUGCUGAAAUUUCGUAUGAGAAAGACCUUUUCUCUUCGUUGUUUGUUCCGUUGUAACGAGAAUACCAACAAUGCAAGAUAAAAACCGAGGGACUGUAUCGUGAAACUUAUGAUCCUUCAUUUUUGCAUCUAAUAUUUUUGUUUUUCACAUCA